CACCCGGGAAACUUUGGCAUACUAACUAUAUUCAUACUAUGACUAAUAAACAUACUACAUACUCCAUUUAUGUCACAAAUAGUACGGUUAGUAUAAGUAUUCGAACACAGUUUAUGACAACGACUCCCAUUGUUAGGGCGGAGACAUGAGCAUCUCGUCAUUAUAUAUUGAUCUCUGCUUCAAACCGUAUGGAACUGUCUGGAAUAAUAACUAAGGGCUAAUGGAAGAGACCCACUACACGUGUUUAGAUAAUUUUUUUUUUUGUUAAAUGUUAUUUGAUGUAGGUUGAGGGAUAUUUUGCUUUACCGUUUACACGUAGCACAUGAUCUACUCUAACAAACUAUAUAUAGCAGGACAUCGUUUUAGUGGAUUAAUAUCAUGAUAUCUCCCAUAUUCAAGAAAACGUACAGUAGAAUGGGUUGGAGACCUGCCUUACAUUCAGCUGGUUUGCAAAAACAAUGAUAAACUCUUAGAAUGAACCACAGACAGUAUCCGUAGGCAUACGUAAUCUUCAACGCGAUAUGAUUAUUCGUUAUGCGCAGUUGCUGCACUUUCCAAGCUCUGGGCCUUGAAAUGCGCAUGUGCAGUGUAGUUCUGGGUGGACUUCUUUUGAACACUCAAAGUGCCAUAACCAUCACUGCAACUUCGGCAAGAAACCAACACAGAUUAAAUAUGAGCUUCACAGUCGAAGAGAGGGGGAACCCCAAUACAUUGAGCUAUCGUUUGUUUUUCAAAAAUGCUGAUGGAAAGUAUGUCUCCCCAUUCCAUGACAUACCUAUGUACGCUGAUGAGAGCCAGAACAUUUUCCACUUGGUUGUUGAAGUACCAAGAUGGACCAACUCAAAGAUGGAGAUUGCGACCAAAGACCCCCUGAAUCCAAUCAAGCAGGAUGUGAAGAAGGGGAACCUGCGUUACGUCGCCAACGUUUUCCCCCACAAAGGCUACAUCUGGAACUAUGGAGCAAUACCUCAGACUUGGGAGGACCCCGGGCACAAAGAUGGAGACACUGGCUGCUGUGGUGACAACGACCCCAUCGACGUCUGUGAAAUCGGUACCAAGGUGUGUUCGCGUGGUGAAGUGAUCAAGGUGAAGGUACUGGGGGUUUUGGCCAUGAUCGACGAGGGGGAGACUGACUGGAAAGUCAUGGCCAUCAACGUGGAGGACCCUGAAGCUAAGGACCUGAACGACAUCGGCGACAUCCAGAGGCUGAGGCCAGGUUACUUGGAGGCCACAGUGGACUGGUUCAGGAGGUACAAGGUACCAGACGGGAAACCAGAGAACCAGUUCGCCUUCAAUGGAGAGUUCAAAGACAAGGACUUUGCCAUUGAGACAAUCAAGAGCACCCAUGGCUUCUGGAAGGCACUUAUCUCUGAAAAGACCAAUGCUGGAGGACUCAACUGUAAAAACACGUGCGUGUCGGCGGGAGACAGCCCCUUCUACUGCUCUACGGACGAGGCCAAGGCUGUCGUAGGCGGGACAAGCCCUUAUGGAACUGAAGAUCAUAUCCCCUGCUCAGUGGAUAAAUGGUUCUACUAUGAGAAGAAGUAACUUUGCGAAGGAGACUCAAUGGACCAGAAGUGUCUCAUCUGUUUAGCUAGCAUACUUGAAGAUAAUAGUCGAUGGGUGUGACUGAGAAACAAUAGACUAUCUUCUCCACACUCGGAAGAUGAGAGGAGAUAGAAGGACAAAAAGAGUAAUGAAAUCAUGUCUUAGGAAAUGCAUUUUCCCUGUUAUUUAACAAAGGUCUCAUUGGAGAUGUGCUGUCCAACAGCUGGCACUGGUAGUGUGCUAGCUAUAGCAUGCACUGUAUGCCAGGAUCAUCUCAAUCGCCUUUUAAUAAAGCUUUUUCUGUUGAAAAAAA